AUGUUUAAUUCAGAUUACGACUACCUAACGUCAAGUGGCCUGCUGGCGACCACCGAAAGUACUUUGGAUCGGAGAGUUAAAGAACCUCUUUUAUCCGAGGCUCUUGUUAUUGUAUACUUCACCUUGUUGCGGCCAACGCUCCCUGUGCCAGCGCGGCCGAAGCGGCCAACCAAUUCGCAGAACCGUCAGCCGUCUAAGGCUCGGUUUUAUCAUCAUCAAUCUCACGCGUGGCCAGAGGAUCGUCAGAUUGCUGCCAGACAAAGAGUGUGGACAAGUCAAAAAGCGAAUGAUGACAGCGAGAUGGAGCGCACUGGUGAGGGCAAGAAUUGCAUGAUUUGCUGUGGAGUAGCAUGCGACCCUGGAACUUCGAGGACAGAGAGUACUUCCACCUGUCGGUACAGCCAAGCGGUCACGCUCCUCUCUCCGAGGGAAUGGUCUGUGUCCAAUACAAGAAGUUGUGCCAGUCACGACGCAGACCAUCGGCCGCCGUCUUACUGGGAGAGGGAAAUCUCUAAUGUGCCAAUGGGCAUCAAUUAUAGCAUCGAUUGUAUGUUCAAACCCACGGCGGUACCUUGCGUAAUCCCGCCAAGAGGCCGCGACCCUCUUGGACUUCGCUCUCAGAGUGCUAACGAAUUUCCGGGCCCCGCUGUCCCAGCAGCUUCCAUGCGGCACCUGUCAUUGCCGAGUAACCGGACGGCAUCGCCCCGACCAAACACAGAUGCAAAUGAUGCAUUGUUCAACACGCUGCCCUGUCAGGUGUCAGCUCGAUGUAAAUUACCGGUGUCGCUUUUGUGUCCGGCUCAAUUUCUGGUGGAAAAGGUUCAGAAAGAAGAAGGUCCCUAUCACACUACCGUGCCGCGGAACGCAACUGCAUCGGUCAUUCCAACGUAUCGGACACAGGAGUCACAUCAAGUUUCCAUCAAACGAAGGCCCGCGCGCUUCCCCUGCCCGACCUCAAGUGGGGGGGCGCUUUUUUCGCCCCCGCUGCGUUCCAAGAUGCCGCACCCUACUGCACCGUCGGAGGCUUCUGGUUAUUUUUUGAACGUUUCUCCGCGGACCCAACAGCAACCGGAUAUGCAUGGAAACGGGAGCUCCCUGCCUGGUUCCAGCGCGCAACAGAAGAAUCCAAACUACUUCAACUGCAGUGGGAUGAAUAUUGAUAGUGGCGAAGCAGAAAACCCUCAUUCGAUCUUCGCAAUCCGGCGAGCUUUGGAAGUUCAACAAGAGUCGAUACCAAUGGAAUCCAAGAACCGUGAAUUCACAACAACUGCGGAGACACCCUCGUCUGGAUCAGCCUGCACCCUCGAUGCCUGCCAGACGUCGGAUACCGCCACUGGAGAGUCCGCCGACUGUCUGCCACAGCCGCACGAACGGCUCGUGAAUACAUGCCCAGAUCGAUCCCGGCGAGAAACCAUCCUAGAGGGCAGCUUCCUAAAGCAACAGUGCUGUGUGUGGGUUCCAGUGGUCACGGCGUCGGCGACGUCUCCAAGUCGCUUUCCGUCGAGAGCCCUCCUGCUUCACGCUUGCAAAAAAUUAUUUAUGAGAGUCACUCGAUAUCCUUGCAGUUUCACCAUUGAGCUCAAGCACUGGGUCACGUUAAUCUCUCGCACUCCCUUGAUAGAAAUUGUGCAGCGUAUAUGGGUACCAGUUCUGGCAACGUCGCAAACUGCCCUGCGAUAUCCCGACCGAGGAUCAGCCAAAGCAACUACGCGGACAUGUCGGCGUUUCGCUCAACGCCCCCUGGCAAAGCGUGACCUCAUAUUUUUGUACAUGCAAAAAGUCAAGUUUGCGCAACCAGGAGCGAACUUGCACUCAGAGCAACGAGGCUUGUGUUUUUGGACGUUCUGGGAGUUAAUAUGCAUACUCUCCAGCCUUACCCGCCUCGUCCUUCGAAACCGGAAGUUGGACUCAACGCAAGAGAGGAUGGUUGAAAUCGAAGCCUAUUGUGAAGCGGGAGGUCGCGGCCCUCCACGAAAUGCUACCAGAGAAAUUGCGGAUCGUAUCCGUUCUGCGCCGCCUCAUCUAUUCAUAUCAAGUGGCGAGUGCAGCGAAAUUGGUACCUCAUCAGCUCAGAGUGUCGAGAUGGCCGCAGGAUCCGGCAUCUUGGAUUUUUUAAACAAUUCAGAAGCGGAAGCAGGGGUGCAACCGGAUACAGAGGACGAUAUGGCAAUGUUAGACGACAGAUCCCCGAAACGCAAGACAGACAGUGAAAAACAUUCAACAGCUGAUCCGUGUGGUCAAACAUUUGGUUCGCUAGGCAGCAGCUCUGGAGGUGGCCCUCGAGAUCGACUCAAAUCGAAGACCACUUCAAACAGCCGGAAGACGAGCUCAACGUCGAGUCCGCGGUCAAACGACAUGGCUGCCAAGAAACAAGACAAUACGUCUGCCGGACGACAAUUGGGCACGAUUUGUAAUCGACUCGAUGAGAAAUUCUGCGACAGUCCUGUAUUUGUCCCGUGGUGGCCCGAGUUGGACAGUGCGUUCCGUUCCCUGCAUCCGACAGAAAGAGUCACCGCUGUAGACUCGUUGUUAACGACCCUGCUUGCCGAAGCAGACCGGUUGUACUUGGACUCUCUCUGA